AUGCCUUUGGAGAACUCCGUCUGCAGUGAGCAUUCGAGCGGUAUAAAAUCCUUGGACGGUGAAUGGAAACAAAGAGCGGAAGAAGAAUUAAAUGAGACUCCCGAGGUUUUCAAGCGAGAAUUGGCUGCCCUAAGGCGAAUGGUAGAGAAUGAUACCAACUUGACAGUGCCUAAUACUGAUGAGUUUUUAAUCAGAUUCUUAAGAGCUAGAAAAUGUGACAGUACCAAAGCUUUUCAUAUGCUUCAAAGAUAUUUUUUGAUGAAAAUAAAAUGCCCGGAGCUAUUUCAAUGUCCAUUGCCUUCAGAGUGUGGGACGAUGUUUGAGUUACAAGCUCAAACCAUGCUCUCUUCAAGGGAUCAAUUAGGCAGAAGAGUUUACAUAAUUAGAGUAGACAAUUUCGACUCAACAAAAGUAACUAUAGACGACGUUUUCCGCACAAAUGUUUUGGCUCUAGAACAUGUAGUUCGGGAAGCCGAAACACAAGUAGCAGGUAUAGUUGUAAUUUUAGAUAUGGCUGGCCUAAGCCUUCAACACGCCAAAUUUUUCACGCCUUAUUAUGCUAAGAAAAUGGUAGAGCUAGUGCAGGAGACUUUUCCGCUACGGUUCAAAGGUUUUCAUAUAGUUAACGAGCCGUUUUACUUUGAUGCUAUUGUUGCUGUAUUAAAGCCUUUUUUAAAAGAUAAGAUUAGAAAAAGGAUAAUAUUACAUGGCAGUGACUUAUCUUCCCUGCAAGCCUUUAUAGCAUCUGAAAUUCUUCCAUCUGAAUUUGGUGGAAAAAGUGGUAAUUUUGACAAUAGAGCUUGGUAUAUGCAAUUGCUGGCCGAUGAGGAGUAUUUUAAAAAUAUUAGGACUUUUGGAUAUAAAAUUGAUGUCGAUGUUAAUGUGGAGGGAGGUGGGGGCGAAAGCGAGAAAUAA